AUGAUCGUUGCACGCCAAUCAUUUAUUCGGCCAUACCUGCUGUCACUUCUAGCUGUGUCGGCGGUAUCUUCCAAGGCCCUCCAUCUACUGCAGCACUUUGGCUCAGUUCCUCAAACGCAGCUUAUUCUGUUCUUCCCAACAUUUUUCAUCCAAGAAGCUUUACUGUUGGGUGCAGUUUGGUUUAUCUUGCAAAGAUCGACAGGAUUACGGUCUACUCUGGCCGUGUCAAUAGCAGCAGUACUCACGCUUUUGACAUUUAUUCUUGCCUCUUCACAAAUUGGGUUCUAUCUUGUAACAGGCAGUGAAGUCCGCUGGGAUGCGGCAACAAGUGUUGGAAAUGACCCAGAAGGGAGAAAGUUGAUGCUCAGCGGACUUAAAUCAUUCCUAGCUGCCGCAGUCGUACUACUUGCUACUUCAUGGGUCGCCACGCCUGGAAUUUGGGUUGUUACCCAUAACUGGGCCUCCAUGACAUUCAUCAAUUCACUCAGUGAAGAAGAAGAAGAGGAACUUCCACUGGCCAAGCUGCAGCGCCGACCCAGGAAGCAGCGCCUUGUUCGGUUCUGGACAAUUGUUGCUGCUCUUGUUACGUUCGUUUUAUGGUUAAUCAGACCGAAUGUGCCAUAUCAUCACAUAUCUGGUGGACUGCCAUUUACUUUUUUCGCCGCGCUAGGGUCAAAGUCAAGUUCGAACCAAGUUCAAGAUCAAGAAUUCCCUCUGCCACAAUCGAUAGGAGAAGAGUACUGGGAGGCUCCCAAUGGUCACUUCAAAGGUUGGGCACCCGGCGUGAAAGAGUUCAAUGAUUUAACUGCCAGGCCGGCCUGGGCAUCUAACUCUUUACCACCUGGGUUCCAGAGAUGGGAACCAGUACCUGAAGCCGAGAGUGACCCAUUUUAUGAAGAAGAUGGAGACGAAGAAAGAACGCCAGAUCAGAAAAAUCACUACAAUCCUGCGAAUGACCCCCUCAGAAUCACUAAUCUCGACCAGAGCAUCGUGGAGCCCCUUUCUCGGGCCCUUAAGGACCAUAAAAUUCCGAUAACUCACGUUGUGUUGGUUAUGAUGGAGAGUGCAAGGAAAGACAUCUUCCCGCUCAAAUCGGGCUCAUCCUUGCAUCGAGAGAUCCUUUCCUCUUACCAUACUCAGAGCACCGGGGUGAUUGAGCAGCUACAAAAGAAACUUUCACUCCUCACACCAGUCGCAGAGCAAUUGACCGGUGAAUCAGGAGGCUUCGCGUCAUAUCGCCAUCUGAAUGACACCGUCUCGUCAUACUGGAAAGAUUCGGCUGAGCCCGGCAUGGGGGGUAUCAACGUGCAAGGAGUUCUCACUGGUAGUAGUCUAUCAUUCAAGAGUGCUGUCAUGAACUAUUGCGGCGUUGGACCCAUCCCCGUCGACUUCAUGGAGGAGGUAAAAUCUGAGAUUUACCAGCCAUGCAUCAUGCAGAUAUUCGAGUUAUUCAAUCAACUCAAACAAAAUGAGACUUUAGACGAAGAGAAAGGGUCUGAUAUGCACAACCGAAAGUGGAAUUCAGUAUUUCUGCAGUCUAUUACUGGACUUUAUGAUAAACAGGAUGUUCUGAAUACCCAUAUGGGAUUCAAAAAGGCAGUGUAUUCGGAACAGAUUAGCGAACGGACAGCAUCAUAUUACCACGAGGGAAUGGAGGAGAUCAACUACUUUGGAUACCCCGAGCGUGAGAUCUAUCCUUACUUGCAAGAUACUAUCAACCACGCAAUCGCCAAUAAUGAAAGAUUGUUUCUAUCACACUUUACGUCCACCACUCAUCACCCGUGGGCAACACCUUCCGGCUUUCACGACGAGGAGUACUUUUCCGAUGACAGCCUGAUGGGGAAACAUGAGGACAUGAACAGUUAUUUGAAUACAGUUCGAUACGUGGAUACGUGGCUUGGCGAUAUCCUCAAGGUAUUAGACGACACAGGUAUCGCCAAUGAGACAUUGGUGGUAUUCAUAGGAGACCAUGGUCAAGCGUUUCCUGAAGAUAGCCCAGUGUCAGGAACCUAUGAAAAUGGCCAUGUUAGCAAUUUCAGAAUUCCUCUUACCUUGCGACAUCCAUUGCUGCCAAAGAUUCAGAUCACAGCCAACGCCAGUUCCAUGUCGGUAGUGCCGACCAUUCUAGACUUGCUAGUUCAGACAAAGUCUUUGAAUGAGAUAGACUCGACUGCUGCACUUGACCUAAUGAAUGAAUAUGAGGGACAAUCUCUCAUCCGUCCAUACAAGGCGACACAUAAUGGCCGACAAGCCUGGAAUUUCGGCAUUAUCAAUGCCGGGGGCACGCUGCUUAGCGUUGGAUCUGCAGCUGUACCAUACAGACUUAUCCUGCCGUUGACGCAGGACUUCGAGUAUGUAUUUUCCAAUCUGGAUACAGACCCAGAUGAGCAGAAUCCAUUGCGAGGGUGGUCAGUCGAGGAGAUAUCCUCACGCGUGCAGGCGCAUCAUGGAGACAAAGCUGUACAGUGGUUGGUUGAUGCAGGCGAGGUGGGUCGAUGGUGGGUGCAGGAACGCAAGAGGCUGUGGAAUUACUCCUAG